GCCUGCGGCGGGGGCGGGUCUGGGCGGCGCCCGCUCCUCUGCCUGCUGCUCCGAGCGCCGUCCGCCGCUGCUCUCGCCGCGAGUGGGGACUUUCCAGGUUUUCAGUGAAACAAUCAAAUCAUGGCAUCAGUUUGGGUUGGAAGCAGAGGAACCAUUCGAGAUUACACAGGUUUCAAUGCAUCCAAGGACGCUGAAACUGUUCGGAAGGCAAUCAAAGGAAUUGGGACGGAUGAGAGAACACUGAUCAGCAUCCUCACUGAGAGAUCAAAUGCUCAGCGGCAGCUGAUGGCUAAGGAGUACAGGGCAGCUUCAGGAAAGGACCUGAAAGAUGACUUGAAGAGUGAUCUCUCUGGCAAUCUGGAGCGUGUUAUAGUUGCACUUGUAACACCACCCGCUGUGUUUGAUGCUAAACAGCUUAAGAAAUCCAUGAAAGGUAGUGGAACUAACGAAAAGGCACUGAUAGAAAUCCUAGCCUCCAGGAGCAGUAAGCAAAUGAAAGAGGUAUCCCAGGCAUACUAUACAGUAUAUAAGAAGAGUCUUGGCGAUGACAUCAGUUCUGACACCUCUGGUGACUUCAGAAAAGCCCUGUUAACUCUGGCAGAUGGCAGAAGAGAUGAAAAUGUAAAAGUGGAUGAACAUCUUGCAAAGAAGGAUGCACAGGUUCUCUAUAGUGCUGGUGAGAAGAAAUGGGGUACAGAUGAAGAUAAGUUCACUGAAAUUCUGUGCCUUAGGAGCAUACCUCAACUGAAAUUAACAUUUGAUGAAUACAGGAACAUCAGCAAGAAGACCAUUGAAGAAAGUAUACAGGGUGAAAUGUCGGGGCAUUUUGAGGAUUUACUCUUAGCCAUUGUUCAAUGUGUGACUAACACUCCUGCAUUCUUUGCUGAAAGGCUGUACCAAUCUUUGAAGGGUGCUGGAACUGAUGAGUUCACUCUUAAUAGAAUCAUGGUUUCCAGAUCAGAAAUUGACCUGCUGGAUAUUCGGGCUGAAUAUAAGAAGCAUUAUGGCUGCUCCUUGUACUCUGCUAUAAAAUCUGAUACCUCUGGGGACUACAAGACUACACUACUGAUGAUCUGUGGAGGGGAUGACUGAAAGUAAAUUUCUAAGGAGCACAGGGCUAUUGCUUUCCUGCUACCUACAGUAAUGCUGCUUCUGAAGCUUUUUAAAUGUUUAAGCAAUUGUAAAAUUGCAACAUGCUGACUGCUUUCUCAUCAAGUAUCCUAAUAAACAGAUGUUUGUUUUA